UGGGACCCGGAUCCCGGGGCCCGGCAGGGGCCUCGUGCGGACUGCGCAGGAGCGUGAGCACCCCGUGCCUCGGGCGCCGGGGGCGGCGGGCCGAGCCCCAGGGGCUCCCCACGUCCCUCUGGGACUCCGGCCCCAGGCCCCGCUGGCCCGCUGGCCGUCUGCGCGCAGGCGCCGUAUGGAAGGGCCUCCGUGUAGCUGCAAACACGAAGUGCGCGGCCGGUGCAGAGCUGUGCGUCCGGGGGGGGGUGGCUGGGAGGCACACGCGUGUGCCAGGUGUGCGGCAGUGUGGGUGGCAGGACAGACAGACAGACAGGCAGACAGACUGACAGCAGGCAGAUGGGACUCAGCGAGGACCCUUGUGUCCUCAUGUCGGGGACCCUGGGGCUUCAGGGUUCGGGGUGCUCCGGUCAGGGCCCUCCCAGGGGCGGUCGGUGGCCCGGGGCAGCUGAGUGGCCGCGGCCGGCGCUUCACCGGGAGGCGCCUGGGCUGGCCGCGGUACCUGGCCUCGCGCACACCUGGCCUCGCUCACACCUGGCCUCGCUCACACCUGGCCUCGCGCACACCUGGCCUCGCUCACACCUGGCCUCGCUCACACCUGGCCUCGCGCACACCUGGCCUCGCUCACACCUGGCCUCGCGCACACCUGGCCUCGCGCACACCUGGCCUCGCGCACACCUGGCCUCGCUCACACCUGGCCUCGCGCACACCUGGCCUCGCGCACACCUGGCCUCGCUCACACCUGGCCUCGCGCACACCUGGCCUCGCGCACACCUGGCCUCGCUCACACCUGGCCUCGCUCACACCUGGCCUCGCGCACACCUGGCCUCGCGCACACCUGGCCUCGCGCACACCUGGCCUCGCGCACACCUGGCCUCGCUCACACCUGGCCUCGCGCACACCUGGCCUCGCGCACACCUGGCCUCGCUCACACCUGGCCUCGCUCACACCUGGCCUCGCGCACACCUGGCCUCGCUCACACCUGGCCUCGCGCACACCUGGCCUCGCGCACACCUGGCCUCGCUCACACCUGGCCUCGCUCACACCUGGCCUCGCGCACACCUGGCCUCGCUCACACCUGGCCUCGCGCACACCUGGCCUCGCGCACACCUGGCCUCGCUCACACCUGGCCUCGCUCACACCUGGCCUCGCGCACACCUGGCCUCGCUCACACCUGGCCUCGCGCACACCUGGCCUCGCGCACACCUGGCCUCGCGCACACCUGGCCUCGCUCACACCUGGCCUCGCUCACACCUGGCCUCGCGCACACCUGGCCUCGCUCACACCUGGCCUCGCGCACACCUGGCCUCGCGCACACCUGGCCUCGCGCACACCUGGCCUCGCUCACACCUGGCCUCGCUCACACCUGGCCUCGCGCACACCUGGCCUCGCGCACACCUGGCCUUGCUCACACCUGGCCUCGUGCACACCUGGCAUCGCGCACACCUGGCCUCGUGCACACCUGGCCUCGUGCACACCUGGCCUCGUGCACACCUGGCCUUGUGCACACCUGGCCUUGCUCACACCUGGCCUUGCGCACACCUGGCCUUGCUCACACCUGGCCUCGUGCACACCUGGCCUCAUGCACACCUGGCCUCGCUCACACCUGGCCUCGUGCACACCUGGCCUUGCUCACACCUGGCCUUGCUAACACCUGGCCUCGUGCACACCUGGCCUUGCUCACACCUGGCCUUGCUCACACCUGGCCUUGCUCACACCUGGCCUUGCACACACCUGGCCUUGCCAUACACCUUGCCAUGCUCAAACCUGGCCUUGCACACACAUGGCCUUGCUCACAACUGGCCUUGCUCACACCUGGCCUUACACACACCUGGCCUUGCUCACACCUGGCCAUGCUCACACCUGGCCUUGCUCAUACCUGGCCUUGCUCACACCUGGUCUUGCACACACCUUGGCCUUGCCGUACACCUGGCCUUGCCACACCUGGCCUUGCUCACACCUGGCCUUAUACACAUCUGGCCUUGCUCACACCGGGACUUGCACACCUGGCCUUGCUCACACCUGGCCUUGCUCACACCUGGCCUUGCCGCACACCUAUCCUUGCACACACCAGGCCUUGCACAGGCUGCUUCUGUCAGCGCUGUGGGGCCUCCCUCUGGGGAUAAGCCUCGGCUUUGUGUGGACCCCGCCUGCUGCUGCUGUGACAGGGACCCAGGGGCUGCUGGGGUCCUGGCAGCCACCUUGCAGCUCAGCCUCAGGAGAGUGUGCAGUUUGCAUCAUUAAUACCCUCCCACCUCAGCCCCCGGGAACUCAGGGUGGUGUGUGCAGGGAGGGCUGCGGAUCUACACUCGCUCUGUGCACUCAGGUUGGUGUGUGCAGCGUGUGCAGUGGAUCUACACUCGCUCUGUGCACUCAGGUUGGUGUGUGCAGUGGAUCUACACUCGCUCUGUGCACUCAGGUUGGUGUGUGCAGUGGAUCUACACUCGCUCUGUGCACUCAGGUUGGUGUGUGCAGCGUGGGCAGUGGAUCUACACUCGCUCUGUGCACUCAGGUUGGUGUGUGCAGUGGAUCUACACUCGCUCUGUGCACUCAGGUUGGUGUGUGCAGUGGAUCUACACUCGCUCUGUGCACUCAGGUUGGUGUGUGCAGUGGAUCUACACUCGCUCUGUGCACUGAGGUUGGUGUGUGCAGCGUGGGCAGUGGAUCUACACUCGCUCUGUGCACUGAGGUUGGUGUGUGCAGUGGAUCUACACUCGCUCUGUGCACUCAGGUUGGUGUGUGCAGCGUGGGCAGUGGAUCUACACUCGCUCUGUGCACUCAGGUUGGUGUGUGCAGUGGAUCUACACUCACUCUGUGCACUCAGGUUGGUGUGUGCAGUGUGUGCAGUGGAUCUACACUCGCUCUGUGCACUCAGGUUGGUGUGUGCAGCGUGGGCUGUGGAUCUACACUCGCUCUGUGCACUCAGGUUGGUGUGUGCAGCGUGGGCAGUGGAUCUACACUCGCUCUGUGCACUCAGGUUGGUGUGUGCAGUGGAUCUACACUCGCUCUGUGCACUCAGGUUGGUGUGUGCAGUGGAUCUACACUCGCUCUGUGCACUGAGGUUGGUGUGUGCAGCGUGGGCAGUGGAUCUACACUCGCUCUGUGCACUCAGGUUGGUGUGUGCAGCAUGGGCAGUGGAUCUACACUCGCUCUGUGCACUCAGGUUGGUGUGUGCACCGUGGGCAGUGGAUCUACACUCGCUCUGUGCACUCAGGUUGGUGUGUGCAGUGGAUCUAUACUCACUCUGUGCACUCAGGUUGGUGUGUGCAGUGUGUGCAGUGGAUCUACACUCGCUCUGUGCACUCAGGUUGGUGUGUGCAGUGGAUCUACACUCGCUCUGUGCACUGAGGUUGGUGUGUGCAGCGUGGGCAGUGGAUCAACACUCGCUCUGUGCACUCAGGUUGGUGUGUGCAGUGGAUCUACACUCGCUCUGUGCACUCAGGUUGGUGUGUGCAGCGUGGGCAGUGGAUCUACACUCGCUCUGUGCACUCAGGUUGGUGUGUGCAGCGUGGGCAGUGGAUCUACACUCGCUCUGUGCACUCAGGUUGGUGUGUGCAGUGGAUCUACACUCUGUGCACUCAGGUUGGUGUGUGCAGUGUGUGCAGUGGAUCUACACUCGCUCUGUGCACUCAGGUUGGUGUGUGCAGCGUGGGCAGUGGAUCUACACUCGCUCUGUGCACUCAGGUUGGUGUGUGCAGUGGAUCUACACUCGCUCUGUGCACUCAGGUUGGUGUGUGCAGUGGAUCUACACUCGCUCUGUGCACUCAGGUUGGUGUGUGCAGCGUGGGCAGUGGAUCUACACUCACUCUGUG